UUAUAUCAUACUUAUACCAUGUAGGUACACUCAGGAAAAAAAUGGCUGAAAAUGUUACCUCUAUAAGUCACAUUCUUCGAUUUAUUAGAAGUAGGUCACAUACGUGAACUUGCGAGAAAACAAACCAGCAUGGCGGGCAUGGAAUUAUUAUCAGACCAAGGUUUUAGAAUCGAUGGCCGUAAACCUUGUGAAUUGAGGCGGAUACAAAGUAAACUUGGUGUAUUUGGUAAACCAGACGGUUCUGCAUAUGUCGAACAAGGAAACACUAAAGUUCUUGCAGCUGUAUAUGGUCCACACGAGCCACGUGGUAAUAUUGUAAAACUACAAGACAAAGUUGUGAUCAACUGUCAGUUCAGUAUGGCGACCUUUAGUACAGGGGAGAGGAAGCGUCGACCCCGUGGGGACAGGAAGUCGAUGGAGCUGUCGAUGCACCUACAGCAAACAUUUGAAGCUGCAAUAAUGACAGAGCUGUAUCCCCAGUCACAGAUUGAUAUCUAUGUGGAAGUGCUCCAGUCUGAUGGAGGAAACUAUUGUACAAGUGUAAAUGCUGCAACUUUAGCACUCAUUGAUGCAGGCAUCCCUAUGAAGGACUAUGUUUGUGCAUGCUCUGCUAGUUACCUUGACGACACCCCAAUGGUGGACAUUAACUACCUCGAGGAAUCCUCAGGGGGUACAGAACUUAUCGUCUCAAUAUUACCAAAAUCUGAACAGAUCGUGUUCCUGUCGUCAAAUUCUAGAUUACACGAAGACUGUUUGAAUAAAGUUCUCGAUAUGGCCAUAAAAGGAUGCAAAGAUGUGUAUUUGUGUUUAGAUGAGACUGUAAGAGAACAUAUGACUCAAGUAUCUGCGAGUUUCUCAGCUGAUUGAGGAUAUAUGGGAAAAUAUUUAUGUAGCUCUAUUGUAAAAAUAAAUAAAUUUUGUAAAUAAGACAGCUAU